ACAAGAGCUCAGAGUUCACAUUCUGUCCCAUCCACCGUCUCACUACGACCCUCAGCUCUAAACGAUCUGCUGCAACUUCAGUGUUUAUGUCUGUUUCUGUUGACCGCCACUAACAAAGGCCACACUGGAACCUAUUAACUGCCGAGCAGCAACAUCAAGACAGAUGCUGUGGAUUUAGGAGUUGGUCCUGAAGAGAGAUGAUUGUUCCAAAGAUCUUGUUGGUUUUGGUUCUCUCUGUAUGUUCUGGUUCCGUUUUCUGCUCAGAAGAUGAAACGCGGUUGAUGAAAACGCUAUUCACAGGAUACAACAAGGUGGUUCGUCCCGUAAACCACUUCAGUGACGCUGUAGUGGUCACCGUGGGACUGCAGCUUAUACAACUCAUCAGUGUGGAUGAAGUAAACCAGAUUGUAACCAGUAAUGUUCGUCUACGGCAGCAAUGGAUAGAUGUGAACCUGAAGUGGAAUCCAGAUGAGUAUGGAGGCAUCAGAAAGAUCAGAAUCCCCUCCAGUGACAUUUGGAGACCCGACUUGGUGCUCUACAACAAUGCUGAUGGUGACUUUGCCAUCAUCCAUGAAACCAAAGUCCUGCUGGAGCACACCGGCAUGAUAACAUGGAAUCCUCCAGCCAUCUAUAAGAGUUACUGUGAGAUUAUUGUCCUCCACUUCCCAUUUGACCUGCAGAACUGCAGCAUGAAGCUGGGCACCUGGACAUAUGAUGGUACUCUGGUUGUGAUCAACCCAGACAGCGAUCGACCCGACCUCAGUAACUUCAUGGAGUCAGGUGAAUGGGUGUUAAAGGACUACAGGAGCUGGAAACACUGGGUUUACUAUACCUGCUGCCCUGACACGCCAUACUUGGACAUAACCUACCACUUCCUGAUGCUUCGCUUGCCACUUUAUUUCAUCGUUAACGUCAUCAUUCCCUGCAUGCUCUUCUCCUUUCUCACUGGACUCGUCUUCUACCUUCCUACUGAUUCUGGUGAGAAGAUGACCCUCUCCAUCUCCGUCCUGCUGUCUCUGACUGUCUUCCUGCUGGUCAUCGUGGAGCUGAUCCCCUCCACUUCCAGUGCUGUUCCUCUCAUAGGGAAAUACAUGCUCUUCACCAUGGUGUUCGUGAUCGCGUCCAUCAUCAUCACAGUUAUCGUAAUCAACACACACCACCGCUCACCCAGCACACACACCAUGCCCGCAUGGAUCCGCAAGGUUUUCAUCGAAACAAUUCCAAACAUGAUGUUCUUCUCGACAAUGAAGCGCCCCAGUCAGGAGAUCCGGCAGAAGAGGCUUUUCCCCACAGAUAUGGACAUCUCUGACAUUUCAGGGAACCCCACCCCCACUAGUGUCACCUACAAGUCUCCUAUCAUGAAAAACCCAGAUGUUCGCAGUGCAAUCGAAGGUGUGAAAUACAUCGCUGAGACCAUGAAAUCAGAUGAGGAAUCUAACAAUGCAUCGGAGGAGUGGAAGUUUGUUGCCAUGGUUUUGGACCACAUCCUGCUGUGUGUGUUUAUGGCCGUGUGCAUCAUCGGGACGCUCGCUGUCUUCGCCGGGAGACUCAUUGAGCUCAACAUGCUGUGACCCAUAAAAGGACAUCUGUUCACUCAGAUUAGAUACACCACAAGUGUUUAGCAGGUGUGUGUGUGUGUGUUUUCUACACACAAAGGCUGAGUUGGUUUUAAACCACUCUCACACGUAUGUCACAUUUGUAUUUACUGAGGUGGAGAUUUCAUAAGCAGACAUCCUUACUGAUGGGUCUCUUGAUAUAAAAUGGUUCAAACUUGAAACUUUUCUUACCACAAACACAUUGUUUGGUUUUGUAGUUUGUAAUUGUUGCCGUCACUUUCAUAUGUGUGUAUCAUGUAACUCUGAUGUAAAAGUAAUAACUGAGUUCUUCUUGUUUGUGAGUUUCAUAAUAAUUUGAUCUUAUUUUCUUGAUGCAGGCAAAUAUUUCCUAUCUGGAAGUUUGAUUUUUUUGGUUUUGCCUGACUCUUAUGAGUUUUAGCUGUCUAGAGUGGGGUUCGGUGGUUUAGUUUUAAAAAUCUACCUUUAACUGAGAAGUCUCAGUUGGACAUUCUGGUAGACGUGAAGAUUUGAAUCAAACAAGCUUCAUCUGAUCAGAAAUCAGGAAGGUUGUUCCUCACAGCUUUAAUUCAACAAGCUUGGUCCAAAUGUGAUUCAGUAAAUUCUGAUUUGGUAUUAAAUAAGCAAUGUAUUAUAAUA